UGUUUUGGGUAAUCCUUUUGUUUUCCUUUCAUUUUUUAUCCAUCCUGGGUCGAGGUCAAGAAGCUUCUCGGCCAACACCCACGGAUAUAAUGGGCUGUGGCUAUAUAAACACGACACCUUUCCCAACAUCAUCAUUCCAUCAACACAUUGAAUACUCUCCCCUCUCUCUCACUCUCUCUCUCCUCCCUCCCUCCCCCCUCCCUCCCACCCACAUACAGACAAAUAGACACGCGCACACAAGAAGAAAAGAUGGAGGUUUCAAUGCAGUCAAUCGCACUAGCAACGGUUCUGGCCGUCCUGACGACAUGGGCGUGGAGGGCGGUGAACUGGGUGUGGCUGAGGCCGAAGAGGCUCGAGAGGCUUCUGAGACAGCAAGGCCUCUCUGGCAAACCCUACACCUUCCUGUUCGGCGACCUCAAGGAGAACUUGCGGAUGCUCAAGGAAGCCAAGUCCAAGCCCAUCGCCGUCUCCGAUGACAUCAAGCCUCGUCUCUUGCCUUUCUUGCAUCAAUCCUUCCAAACCUAUGGCAAAGACUGGUUCACAUGGAUGGGCCCAAUACCAAGAGUGAACAUAACGAACCCGGAACAAAUAAAGGAGAUAUUCUCGAAGAUAUAUGACUAUCCCAAGCCUGCCUCCAAUGCCCUGGUGAAGUUGCUCGCUGAUGGACUUGCGAACCAUGAGGGCGAGAAAUGGGCUCGGCACCGGAAGAUUAUCAAUCCAGCAUUCCACAUGGAGAAGUUGAAGCAUAUGUUGCCCGCUUUUUACUCGAGUUGCACUGAAAUGGUCGACAGAUGGGAGAAAUCAGUAUUAGAGGAGAGAUCGUGUGAGGUUGACGCGUGGGUCGACCUUCAAAAUUUGACCCGUGACGUGAUCUCUCGGACAGCAUUUGGCAGUAGCUUUGAAGAAGGCAAAAGGAUCUUUGAACUUCAGGAGGAACAAGCCUUGCUCGCGAUUAAAGCCCUUCAAUCGGUCUACAUCCCGGGCUGGAGGUUUGUUCCCACUAAGAUGAACAGGAGGAUGCAGAACAUAGAUAAGGAAGUGCAGGCUCUGCUCAUGGACAUCGUCCGCAGAAGAGAGAAAGCAAUAAGGGCAGGGGGAGCUGAUGGCGAUGAUCUGCUGGGGCUGUUGCUGGAGUCAAACAUGAAGGAGAAUGCCGGGAUGAGCCUUCACGAUGUGAUUGAGGAGUGUAAGCUUUUCUACAUAGCCGGACAAGAGACCACUUCGGUUUUGCUAGUAUGGACCAUGGUCUUGCUGAGCGUGCAUCCAGAUUGGCAAGCCCGAGCUAGGGAGGAGGUGCUUCAAACCUUUGGAAGCAAAAAACCUGACUUCGACGGGUUGAGCCACCUCAAGAUUGUCACGAUGAUCUUAAAUGAGGUGCUGAGGCUCUAUCCACCGGUGGUCGUACUGGCACGUAAGGUUCCCAAGGAAACAAAACUGGGGAAGCUGACCUUACCCGCGGGAGUCCAGCUCUCAAUGCCGACUCUCCUCAUCCACCAUGAUAAAGAACUGUGGGGCGAGGAUGCCGAGGAGUUCAAGCCAGAGAGGUUCACCGAGGGAGUGUCCAAGGCCACCAAGAACCAAGUCUCCUUUUUCCCCUUUGGAUGGGGCCCUCGCAUAUGUGUCGGCCAGAACUUCGCAAUGAUGGAGGCGAAGAUGGCGCUCGCCAUGAUACUUCAGCAAUUCACAUUCGAGCUCUCUCCAUCCUAUGCGCAUUCCCCUCUUACUAAGAUCACCCUCCAGCCACAGUAUGGUGUUCAGGUCAUCUUGCACAAGGCAAACUAAAAAAAGUUCUAAAUCAGAGUAACAUGCAGUGUUGACAAAAAGGUUGAAAUAGUGUCACACCACCAUUUUCUAAGUUUAUGCUUUUUUAAAUAUAUAUAUUAUUUUUUCUUUUCUUCUCCUUUUUUCCUUCUUUCUUUAGGUUUUUUUUUCUUCUUUUUGCAUAUUUCCUCCACUGGUGGCCAACCUUUGUGAGACUGUGAUGGCUAGCAAAGGGUGCCUAUAUAGUGUCAAUCAACUAGGGACACAAGGUCGAUAAGUCGAUUGAUUGACACUAUGCAUAGCAUAAGUCGACUUGCAAUAGGGAUUUCACCCACCCUUCCCACCUUCACCAAUUCAUCUUGCUUAUUCCGUCGAAAAUGGUAGAUGAUAUUUUGAAUAUCUUAUCCCUCUCUUUUCAGUGAAGAUUUGAGUUCAAGUUU